AUGUCUGUUCGGUACAGCUCCACGAGCAAGAAGUUCACUUCCUCCCGCAGCGGGUGCGGAGGAGGCGGCGGAGGGUCAAGCCACAGAAUCUCCUGCAGCAAAGGCUCCCUUGGGGGAGGGUAUAGCUCAGGGGCCUUCAGCAACAGCUCUUUCAGCCGUGGGAGCGCUGGUGGAGGUUGCUUUGGGGGCUCCUCAGGUGGCUAUGGAGGAGGAAUAGGAGGAGGUUUAGGUGGAGGCAGCUACUGCACGGGCUAUGUAGGUGGCAACUUUGGCGGAGUCUAUGGAGGAGGGAGCUACGGAGGAGGGAGCUUUGGAGGCGGCAGCUUUGGUGGAGGUGGCUAUGGAGGAAAUUUUGGUGGUGGACUUGGCGAUGGUGGCCUUCUCUCUGGAAAUGAAAAAGUAACCAUGCAGAAUCUGAAUGACCGCCUGGCUUCCUACCUGGACAAAGUCCGGGCUCUGGAAGAAUCCAACUACGAGCUGGAAGGGAAAAUCAAGGAGUGGUAUGAAAAACACGGCGGCUCAGGCCGGCGAGAGCCUCGGGACUACAGCAAAUUCUACCAAACCAUUGAUGACCUUAAAAACCAGAUCCUCAACCUGACAACUGACAAUGCCAAUAUCCUGCUGCAGAUCGACAAUGCCAGGCUGGCAGCUGAUGACUUCAGGCUGAAGUAUGAGAAUGAGGUGUCCCUGCGGCAGAGCGUGGAGGCCGACAUCAACGGGCUGCGCAGGGUGCUGGACGAGCUGACCCUCACCAAGUCCGACCUGGAGAUGCAGAUCGAGAGCUUCACAGAGGAGCUGCAGUACCUGAAGAAGAACCACGAGGAGGAAAUGAAAGACCUUCAAAACGUGUCCACCGGCGACGUGAACGUGGAAAUGAACGCUGCCCCUGGUGUCGAUCUGACCGAACUUCUGAAUAACAUGAGAAGCCAGUAUGAAGAACUUGCUGAGCAAAACCGUAAAGACGCGGAAGCCUGGUUCAUUGCAAAGAGCAAGGAAUUAAAUACCGAAAUUGACAGCAACAUUCAACAAAUGUCCAGCCAUAAAACUGAAAUCACUGAAUUGAGACGCACCGUUCAAGGCCUGGAGAUCGAGUUACAGUCCCAACUGGCUCUGAAACAAUCCCUGGAGGCCUCCUUGGCAGAAACAGAAGGCCGCUACUGUGUGCAGCUCUCACAGAUUCAGGCCCAGAUCUCCGUACUGGAAGAACAGCUGCAACAGAUCCGGGCCGAGACCGAGUGCCAGAACUCUGAAUACCAACAACUCCUGGACAUCAAGAUCCGACUAGAGAAUGAAAUUCAGACCUACCGCAGCCUGCUAGAAGGAGAGGGAAGGUAAACAGCAAAGUUGAAAAAUUAGCCCA